AUGACCGAUCUGCCUCCAUCACCUAGGCUGACUCCCCAGUUCUGCUUCAACACUACAGCUCUGAGAGAUUUCUUGCGUAUAUCAAGAGGUGCAGUGGACGACUCGAUUACACAGAAUCUUAAUGCUCUUGUCACACCGGCGACAAAAGGCUUCGAUCCGACAUCCACUACCGUUAGGACAACUCGGUCGCCGAGGGAAAUUGACUCCAAGUCAUGUCAGACUUUCAGGGAAAGAGUCCUAUUUCCCUCGUGGCAAUCAAGAGCGGACGUCCUGACAUACUGUGCAUAUGUUGCUACCAGUCCUGACCCAGAUGAUCCAGAAACAUCUCUCAGGGAAGCCGAAUCUUUCAAGGAGAGGGAAAGGGUUGUCAACGAACGCCUGGACCCAUAUUCGGCAAGAUAUUUUCCGCGAGAACCACGGACACAACAGCUAGCCCAGCUUCUUCGGCAAGAGAGGAAUGUCGAGACAAUUGUGCGAUCUCGAACUUGGGGUUUGGUGAGAGAAAGAUGUAGCGAGACUUUAGACGAUUCGGAUCGGGCCUUGAAUGAGUGGAGAGAAAGGCAGGCACCAGCAAAGAAGCUCUGA